CAUCCAAAAAAAACAUAUAAACGGUACGUAUUAUCAUGUGAUGAAACUCAUAACUAAUGGGAAAACAAGGAAAAAGAAAUGAAAAGCUAGAAUAGUUCCCAAAAUGACGCGCGUCCACUUCUACUGAAAAAGAAACAUGAAUCAUGGAUCUAGUCUAGCUAGUGUUUUCUCUCUCUCUCUCUCUUGCAUCCAUCCAUGAUCAUUAUACCGUUUGCUUUUUGACCUCAAAAUCGUGAUCUGAGAGAAUUAGUGGGCAUGGUUAGGUACUUCCCAAGUGAUGACACGAGUGCCCUGCCUACCCGCUUUGGGUUCUGGCCGGGGGAUCCAACCACUCCAGGAGUGGUCAGCACUCCUUUCUUCUCCGCCAGACUUCCAGUGGUUUGCCGUCAGCUUCACGAUAAGAAGCCUUUCGGAAUGUUCAGAGGCGAAGAUGGGAUGAACUACACAUUUUCGACCUUUUUAAUCGAAGCAGUACUCAUCAUUUUCUUCAUCAAAGUCGUUUCCUUCCUCCUUCGACCUCUUCGCCAACCUCGUAUAGUCUGCGAAAUCAUUGGUGGGAUUAUGAUAGGACCGUCCAUGUUUGGACGAAGCCGAAACUUCAAUUACUAUCUCUUCCCACCGGUUGGAAAUUACAUAUGCGCAAACUUGGGACUGAUGGGAUUCUUUUACUUCCUCUUCCUCACUGCGGCCAAGACUGACGUUGCAGAAAUCUUUAAAGCACCAAGAAAGCACAAGUACAUUGCUGCCAUCAGUGUUUUGGUGCCUAUUGCAUGCGUUGGGGGCACGGGGGCUGCCCUAAAAGACACAAUGGAUGAGAAGCUGCAAAAGUCUUCGUCCAUUGGAGGGGUCACUUUCGCCUUGGGCUUCACUUCUUUUCCGGUCAUUUACACUGUUUUGAGAGACAUGAACCUUCUCAACUCCGAGGUGGGCAAGUUCGCCAUGUCCGUGACUCUCCUUGGAGACAUGGUAGGGCUUUACGUGCUUGUUUUGUUUGAAGCCAUGACGCAAGCUGACGGAGGAGGUGGAGUAUAUUCCGUUAUUUGGUUUCUCAUAUCUGUGUCCAUCUUGGCCGCCUUUUUGCUUUUGGUUGUGAGACAAAGCUUUGAUUGGAUUGUCGCCAAAACGCCCGAAAGAAAACUCGUGAACCAAAACUACAUCGUCAUAAUUCUCAUGGGUGUCCUUGUCUCUGGUUUUCUCACCGACAUGUUCGGUAUGGCUAUAGCCGUAGGACCUAUUUGGCUAGGGUUGGUGGUCCCUCAUGGCCCGCCGUUGACUUCCACGUUGGCUAUUCGGAGCGAGACCUUCGUUAAUGAAUUUUUAAUGCCUUUCUCCUUUGCUUUGGUGGGACAAAAAACCAAUGUUAACUUACUUAGCGAAGAGACUUGGCCCAAACAAGUCUCUCCUCUCGUUUACAUGAGCAUCGUCGGAUUCGUCACAAAGUUUAUCUCCUCCACUGGCGCUGCUCUCUUCUUUAAAGUCCCCACCAGGGACAGUCUCACGCUCGGCUUGAUGAUGAACUUGAGAGGUCAGAUCGAUAUUUUGCUCUACUUGCAUUGGAUAGACAAACGUAUGGUAGGCUUACCGGGUUAUACUGUCAUGGUUUUGUAUGCGGUUGUGGUCACGGGUGUAACAGCGCCACUCAUUAGCUUCCUCUACGAUCCCUCUCGCCCUUACAGAAGCAGCAAACACCGCACAAUCCAGCACACUCCUCAGUGUACCGAGAUGGGACUGGUACUUGCAGUCUCUGACCACGAAACCUUCUCUGGCUUGGUCACUUUUCUCGACUUCGCCUAUCCCACUAAAAAUAGUCCCUUGUCUAUAUUCGCAAUCCAGCUGAUGGAACUGGCGGGGCGUGCCCAACCGUUGUUUAUUGAACACGAGAAGCGAAGGAAGGAGGAGGAAAAAUACGAGAUGGAAGAAGAAGAGCAUGAGCGUUCACGGAGCAAGCGAAUAGACCAGCUGCAGAGCGCCUUUAAGCUGUACCAAGAGAAAAGAGGCGAGUGUGUGACGCUGCGUGCCUACACCGCCCAUGCUCCAAAGCGUCACAUGUACCAAGAUAUUUGCGAGCUUGCCUUGAACAAGAAAACCGCUUUUAUUCUCUUACCUUAUCAGAAAGAGCGGCUUGAAGACGCAUCCCUUACCGAGCUACGUGACUCUGGCAUGCUUUCGGUAAACGCAGACGUCUUGGCACAUACACCAUGCUCUGUCUGUAUCUAUUACGAGAAGGGACGACUGAAAAACGCGAUGGCUCGGUCAUCCAUGGACAUACAACACACAACACACUCAAGCCAUAGGAGGCAAGAAAUGUAUCGUUUCGUAAUUCUGUUUUUAGGAGGAGCUGAUAACAGAGAAGCUCUGCAUCUAGCAGAUAGGAUGAAGGAGAACCCUAACAUUACCUUGACGGUGGUUAGGUUCUUGGCGUACAACCACGAAGGAGAGGACGAGAGGGAGAAGAAGCUGGACGAUGGGGUGGUCACGUGGUUUUGGGUCAAGAACGAAAGCAACGAUAGGGUUAGUUACAAGGAGGUUGUCGUCAAGAACGGUGCUGAGACAUUGGCUGCGAUUCAAGCAAUGAACGUGAAUGACUACGAUCUGUGGAUAACGGGGAGGAGAGAAGGGAUCAACCCAAAGAUUCUCGAAGGACUCUCUACGUGGAGCGAGGACCACCAGCUUGGAGUCAUCGGAGACACCGUGGCUGGGAGCGUUUUCGCCUCGGAGGGUUCGGUCUUGGUAGUGCAACAACAAGUAAGGAACCAGAAGGGUGGUGAUGGUUUCUUGAACGGCAAGUUUGAUUACAAGCAUUUAGUAUCUCCCUGGUCUCACUCUCAUAACUGAUUUAAUUAGAAACAUUUCUUAAUUGAUUAGAGUUCUUUAUUUUGAUUAUACCGAGUUGUAGAAUCUGUAUUAUUGGGAUGGUUAAUAAAAUUCCAAUACAGAAGCAGCUUAAUUAGCUAGCUAAUCAUGUUUCA